UCCUAUAUUCAAACCAAUUUUCUAUAUGCAUGUUAUAGAAUUGAACUUUAUGCUUCAAAAACCAAAAUUGACUAAUACAUAUACUUCACUAUAUAUAAAAACACAUUUCUAGGAUCAUAAUCAUAAACAGAGAACAACCGCAUACAAACUUUUCACAAACUUAUAAGCCAAACAACUAUUGUACGUAAUCCAUUCCAAUGGCAAGAAAAACUCACAUAGCUGUUAUUCCAAGUCCAGGUUUCAGCCACUUAGUUCCAAUAUUAGAAUUCACCAAAAGAUUAGUCAAAAAUCACCCAAAUUUUCAUGUAACUUGUAUCAUUCCCUCACUUGGGUCACCACCUGAUUCAUCAAAAUCAUAUCUUGAAACAAUUCCACCAAACAUAAACUCAAUUUUUCUUCCACCAAUCAACAAACAAGAUGUACCUCAAGGAGCAUAUCCUGGAAUCCUAAUUCAGCUCACUGUUACACUCUCUUUACCAUCAAUUCAUCAAGCCUUAAAAACCUUGAAUUCAAAAUCACCUUUAGUUGCUAUAAUUGCUGAUGCUUUUGCAUUUGAAGCACUUGAUUUUGCAAAAGAGUUCAAUUCUUUGUCUUACCUUUACUUCCCUAGUAAUGCUUUUGUACUAUCACUUGUUUUGGAAAUGCCAAAACUUGAUGAACAAGUUUCAUGUGAAUACAAAGAUUUACAAGAACCUAUAGGGUUGCUAGGAUGUGUACCAAUCAAUGGUAUUGAUCUUCCAACACCAACAAAAAAUAGAUCAAGUGAAGCAUACAAGAAGUAUCUUCAACGUGCGAAAGGUAUGUAUUUGGUUGAUGGAAUCAUUUUUAAUAGCUUCUUUGAAUUAGAAUCAAGUGUUAUUGAAGCAUUGGAACAAAAGGGUCAUGGAAAAAUCAGUUUUUUUCCUGUUGGGCCUAUUACACAAAUAGGAUCAAGUAAUAAUGAUGAUGUUUUUGAUGAGUUUGAAUGUUUGAAAUGGUUAAAAAAACAACCUCAAAAUUCUGUUUUGUAUGUUUCUUUUGGAAGUGGUGGAACACUUUCUCAAAGACAAAUCAAUGAACUAGCUUUUGGUUUGGAGUUGAGUGGUCAAAGAUUCAUUUGGGUUGUGAGAGCACCAAGUGAUUCUGUUAAUGCUGCUUACUUAGAAAAUUCAAAUGAUGUUGAUCCUUUGAAGUUUUUGCCAAAUGGGUUUUUGGAAAGAACAAAAGAAAAAGGUUUUAUUUUGCCAUCAUGGGCACCUCAAAUUGAAAUACUUAAGCAAAAUUCAGUUGGUGGAUUUUUAAGUCAUUGUGGUUGGAAUUCAGUUUUGGAGAGUAUACAAGAGGGGGUGCCAAUAGUAGCUUGGGCUUUGUUUGCAGAACAAGCAAUGAAUGCUGUUAUGUUAAGUGAUGGUCUUAAAGUGGCAAUAAGGUUGAAAUAUGAAGAUGAUGAGAUUGUAGAAAAGGAGAAAAUUGCAGAAGUGAUUAAGUGUGUGAUGGAAGGUGAAGAAGGUAAAGGAAUGCGUGAAAGAAUGAAGAGUUUGAAAGAUUCUGCUGCUAAUGCAUUGAAAGAUGAUGGUUCUUCAAUAAAAUCUCUGGCUCACUUGGCUAGUCAUUGGGAAAAGUUUGGUGGGAUUUAAGAAAAUUAAUAUUGUUCUUAUUUUUUAAAGUUAUUGUUUUGGUUUUGAUGCUUUCUUUUUUGUAAUUGAAGUUUAAUAAUCGUUCAAUAAUACUAGUUCUAAAUUGAAGUUUGCAAUUGUAA